UCUUUAUAUUUUGAAAAUUAUUUAGGGAGCGGACCGUUCCCUGGGUGCAGUGCUUAAUAUACUCAAUGACUUGUGGUCAGCAUGUCUGCAGUCUCGGGGCUCACAGCAAAGGGGGAGAAAGGAAAGUCGAAGUAUGUAGCUUUGGACAUAAAUAGCUUAUACAAAGGAAAAAGUCUUGAAAAUCCUAAAGCCACAGUUUUACCUAAACAUGGAUUGCAGUCCUUGGGGAAGGUUGGUGCUGGGCGCCGUAUGCCACCACCUGCUAAUCUCCCUAGUCUGAAAAGUGAAAACAGUGGCAAUAAUCCUAAUAUAAGCCUUGUACCUAGUGGAGGCCAAGGAUGGGGAACUUCUACCAAAGAAAAGGGGAAAUCAGAAGAGAUAAGUGGGACACAGCAACAAUCGCAACAGCAACCAUCCACUACUUCAGCAUCACAGGGUCUUUCUUCACAAAAGACACCCACUUCCAGUGCAAGUACUGGAUCAAGCAAAACUUGGAGCAGUGUUACAUCAAACGAAGAGGAUGGUGGUCAAGAAAGGAACUUCUUGGGCCAUCAGUCGCCAUUUUUUCCUCAGGAAUUCCCGAAGCUAGCUGGUGGGGAUGCACAAACAGAAGGCAACCGGAAGUCAAAUGCAGAUUCACAGUAUGGACCAGGACCAAGUCUCCGACCUCAAACAGAGGGAAGUUGGGGACGUGGCACUCUUCAACAGCAGCAACCACCUCCACCAAGUUCAGUUUCUCCACAGCACCCUCCAUCACCACCACCUCAGUCAAUAUCUCAAGGACAGCCAGGGAUAUCAGGCGGAGGCCAGCCACUGAACAAUGGCAGUGGCGUAAACGGUCAGCAGAAUGCCACAGAAAAUCAUUCGAGAGAACAAAAGCCAUAUCCAACAACCACAAGAGGAGGGUCAUUACCUACAAACAGUUUAGGAACAUCAAAUGCAAGUUCAAGUGGUACUGGUUCUGUUGCUCAAGGAUUGGGUCCAACUGCUGGUCCUGGACAUGGCAUGCCUGGCCAGCUAGGUCCUGGUUCCGGUCUCCACCCUCAACUGCCCCAGUUUAGGGGAAUGAUACCUCCUUAUAUGUAUGGCAGAAAUUUUCCUGGGAAUUAUCCUAAUUAUUCUGGAAUUCCAUCAAACAGACCAUCUUACUAUCCAGAAAACAGGAUAAGAAAUUCUAUGCGUCCUCUGGCUGAAGAAGAAGCUUAUCAAAGACCUGCAGCUAUAAUUACAGACAAAGAUUUAAAGGGGUUUGAUGAGAUUCUGCAGAAUGAUUCACAAGAUGGAUGGGCCUCUGCACAUGGAGAAAUUGAUUAUAAUGCUAAACUUGUCUUCAGUGAUGAAGAGGAUGCACCUACUCCCCAAAAAAAGGAUUCUAGAAAUGAUGAGAAAAAUCGGUUGAGGGAAUCUAGAAAUUAUGAGAAAACGGAAAAUGAGAGAGAUACUGAUCAUGAAAGAGAUGAAAGAAAUCGUGACUCUAAUUGGAGCAGAGAAGAUUCUGUUAAUGAAAAAUCUAGAGAUGUUGAUUGGGACUCAGAUAGAAGAGAUUUAUUUGAUAGAGAAAGAGACGAUAGAUGGAAAAAUUGGAUUCAGCAGUCUCAAGGAAGAUCUGCUCCUUCUCUUAAUGUUGAUAUGCAAAGGCAAUGGCAAAAUCAAUCCCAACAGAGAGUUCCAUUUGAUUAUAGAGGACCACCUCCAAGACCUCAGGCAGGUCCUUAUCCUGCUCCUCAUAAUCGUAUUGGACCAGUUCCACCAGCUUCUUCUCAGCAGCAUCUUGGUUAUCCACCGCCGCCGCCUCCACCACCACCGCCACCACCGAGGCAAAGUCGUUCAGGGCGUCCACCUUCCCUUACUGAUGAAGAUGAAAUAUGGCGUCAGCGCAGACGGCAACAUUCAGAUGAAAUGACUUUAGCAGUUGAAAGAGCAAGACAGCGGCGUGAGGAAGAGGAAAAGCGAUAUGAACAAAGCAAACAAACAGCUCAAGAGAAGUUGAAAAGUCUUUCUGAAGGAAAUGAAAAGUUAAAAGAUGCUACUGAUUCUGAAGAAAAUGAUAGAGCACAGUAUUCUGGUGAUAAUAGGGAAGAAAAAACUUCAACGCGUGAUAACAGAGAAAGAAAUGAUAGAGACCGUCCUCAGAGUGGUGGUUAUCAGGGUUUCAGCUUUUCAAGACAAUUUCAAAAAAAUGUUCCACCACGAUUUCAGAAACAAGCUGAGUUGUUAAGGCAACAGCAUCAGCAACAGCCAUCUUCACCGCCACAGUUUAUGAGACAGCAACAAUCUUCAGGACCACCACCACCUAUUCCACUAGGAGUUGGAUAUGGUCCACAUUGGGGAAAUAUGCCGCCGCCGCCCCCUCCGCCACCAUAUAUGAAUCAACUUACAGGAAUGGCUGUUCCUCCUAAGCCAUUAUCUAGUGGAAGAUCGGAUAGUCAAGGUUCUGGCACAGAUAGUUAUGAUAGUGACAGGAGAACACCUGAUCAAAGUUUGCAAUAUGAACGAGACACUCAUUAUUGGGGAAGAGAAAGAAGACAGACAGGUGGUUUGCCGGUUCCUUAUGAUGGAUGGAGAUCUGUUGCUCCUGCUGGUUAUUAUGAUAAGAAUGUAGAAUUCAGUCGAAAUUGUGAUCAGCGAGCAGAUUUUAAGCGUAGUUUGGGAAAAGAAGAUUCGCAGUUUCUUGAUUCCAAUUCUCAAGAAUGUGAAAGAAGAAAUAGAGAUGGGGAAAACCAAGAUUAUAAUUGCAAUGAAGAUAGAGAAGUUAUAUAUGAUGAUAGAAUGGAGACCAGAGAUGCAAUUAAAGAUACAGACUCUUGGACUAGCUCUAGAGAUUAUGAAGACAGAAUGCCAGAUCCAUUUGAUGAACCAAGUGAUAUUCAUAGCUGUCAUGAAAAAUGGGAUAGAGAGAGGCCACAAAGACCAGAUAGUAGAGAUAGUCGUCACAGUAGGGAAUCUGCACGUGAAGAAAGGAUUACUGUUGAAAGACAAGAAAGUCAAAGUUCACUUUCUGACAAGGAAUCAAAGAUUUCAAUCAGAGAUGAAAAAUUUAAAGAUAAAUCUGGUUCGGUUGAAUGGGGUGAUACACCAUAUCCUGCUGAACCAAAGAGACAUCAUGACUGGCAUCAUCAUCAUCAUCCAGCUCAUCAUCAUCAUCCACCACCAAUAACCCAAAAACAAUUAGAAAGUGUAGGACCAACAAAAAAGAAUUUUACUCCAUUAAGAAGAGCAGCAGCAAAUACUUCUAAUACAUCAAAUUCAGUUGAUAAGAAGAAUGAUUCAAGAGAGUGUACUCCAGAUUUGGGAACAAAGAAAGCUGAAACAGAUAUUCCAAAGGACAAAGAAGAAUCUGAGGAAAAAUUGUCCAAAAAUGUUCCAGAAUCAACAAAGCUAGAAAAAGAAAAAUCUGAAAAAAGUUUGGACGAUAAAUGUAAAUUGACUGUUCAAAAGAAUGAUUCUUCAGAUUCUAUUGAAAAAUUAAACACAGAAACAAAGACAGUUCAUUCUUCUGAGAAAUCUGAAAAGGAGAAAGAUUUUAAGAAUGAUGUUCCAGAUAAGGGAGAAAAUGUUCAAAGUAAAAAGAGAGAUGAUCAUACCUUAAGAGAGAAACGCCAAAGUGGUAGGGACCGUAUAAUGGGUCCUCGAUCACGAGGAGGUGGAAGAAGUGAAUCCUCUAGGGGUCGCGGAAGAAAUAGUGGAUAUGCAACUGGAGGUUUUGGAGGUAGGAGUAGAGAAUAUCGGCGUUCUCGUGUAGAUAGAGGUCCAAGGUUUGAUCGGCAGAGAGAUCAUGAAUGGGAGAAAGAAAAGGAUAAACAAAAGGAUAAAUUGCCUUCAGAUGAGAGUUCUGCUUCUGAAGUUGAAGAAGGGAAAACUGAUGCACAGCAUAAAGAUGAAGAUAGUGAAUUAUCUGUUGAUGACAAUAGUGUAAGUGUAACAGAAAUGCAAGUAGAUAAACUAAAAACACAAGAAAAUAAAUCAAAGAAAGAAGAAUCUUCUGUUACUUCAUCUCAUGCAUUAAAAGAUUUAGAUACAGAGAAAAGUGAGAAAAAAGAUGGAAAUAAGAGAGAGACUUUCAGGAAACAAGAAAUUAAAAUAGACUCUGAUAGAGUUAAAGAAGAAAAGGGAGGAUUUUUCCCUAGAGGGGAACCUUCUCGGCGAGGAAGAGGUGGUACGGUAUCUAUUCGUAAUUCUAGAGGUGGUCCUAGAUAUGGUCCUAGCAGGUAUGGUCCUCCUCCUUCAAGAGCUGCAUUUGGAAGUGGUAAAGUAGUUAAAACAGAUGAUGUUUCUACAGAAGAUCAUAUUAAAGAAGAAGAAGGUAAAGAUACAAAAUUAGAAGAUAUAAAUAACAGUAUUGGGAAUAAAUCAUCAAAUAAAUCAAAAUCUGUUGAAAGAAUUCCCCCAAGACGAACUCGUGAAACACUUCCCCCUAGGUUUCAAAAGAGGCAAGCCAAACGGUUUGAAAAUGCUGAAUCAUCAAGAGGAAGAUGUCAUGGUGGUAGAGGUGGUAGUGGUUUUCCAGGUGCAAAUAUAACUUUAACUAAAAUACAAGUUACAAAAGAAAAUUUAUCAGAUGUGGCUAAUGAAGAAUGGGAAACAGCUUCAGAAAGUAGUGAUGUAGCAGAAAGGAAAGAAAGAAAAGAUUUAAAAGAAGAUAAUUCUCAAGAUAAAAAGGAAGUGAAAGAGAACAGAAAUUCUUACGUUAAGAAAAGUUUCUCAAAUCAACGUCCGGUUAAUGAUUCUUCUAAUCGCCGUUCAGGAUAUGAUUCCAGGCGGGGGCGUAUUACAGGAGAUAAUAGGCAGAGAGAUGCUUUUGGAAGAGAGACUCGCAGAGAAUCUGGUAGAGGACGAUCUAUAAACAGUGAAAAACGUUCAUUUGGUGGAAAUACAGCUUCUGUUGCAGAAAACAGUACAAGAUAUAACAGUGCUGGAAAUCAAGGCAAUAAAAAUUUAAGGAAUAGUGGAAGAACAAAUCAGACCCAAUCAAGAAAUACUAUUGCACAGAAAAAUGAAAAUUCUACAACAGUGUUUAGAUUGGAUGAAAUUAGAAGAGAUCCUAGGAAUAUACAAGCUGCUUUAACAGAUCUUGCUAAUAGAAAUUUGAAACCAUCUGAUGUUACUCCAUCUCCAAAGCCUAAUAAACCAGAAAAAGAAAAAUCUAAUGCCUUAGAAGGAUAUGAUCUCAAUAAUUAUGCAAGUGUAGUAAUCAUAGAUGAUCAACCAGAAGUGACUGUAGAUGACUCUUCAUUUUUAUGUGAUGCAGAUGAUGGAUUUCAAGAAGUUACAUCUAAAAAAAGACAUAAGGCAAUGGUUGAAAACGAUGUCAAGAAAAUUAAAAAAGAGCCACGAAGUAGAAAUAAAAGUGGUUCGAGGCUUCGACAAAACAGACUUCCACCUAGAUUGGCUAAACAAAGGGAGAACAAUCAGUUUCAUUCCAAGUCUGGUAUCCCUCCUACAGAUACUAGUAAUAUCUGGGAUACAGAAAUUACGUCUAAUGCUAAACAUCCCGUCCAUUUUUCACUUAAAGAUGCUGCACCAGCUCCUCCACCACCCGUGAAUGCUUGGCAAAAACCUAUUACCCAUACUUUAAGAGCACAUUCUCCAAGCAUAGGGCAGAACAUUAUUUCUGAUGGAAUGACAACUGGAACUGUUACUUGUAGCACAAUUACAAAUAGUGGUACAACUGUUAUUACUGAAAUACAAGCCUUAACUGUAUCCUCCAAAUCGAGUAGUUUUGAUCGAAGUGAUCAGCACGACAGUGGCAUUGAUGUGAGUGAUCAACCGACUUCUGCAGCUUCUUCGCAAAGAUCAUCACCAAGUAAUGAUUGCAAAAUACUUGGUCCUAAAAAUCCUCUUACAACUGUUAGUGUGUCGUCAACUGAAUGUUGUAAUGAAUUGGUAAGUUUGUGAAUGUUAGCCUGUUGU